UCAUCGAGUUGCAGUCCUCGUGUUGUGAGCGUCCUGCUAGCAGUACGACACUGCGGUUCUAUUUGCAUGAUUUUCGUGUGUAGUUUCGCUUGCGGAUUUCAAUAACGUACCGAGAACCACAAAUCCCUACGCGGGCAGAUUUGUUACUGUGUUGCUAGCAACUCUUAGAUGAAUUUGUUACUGUGUUUAUUGUCCUUCGUCACUGCAGUCGAAUUCUCCGUUAAUCAUUAGUGUAUUCUCAGCAGUCUGACGCGGUUUUUAUCGGUAAAAUGGCUGAGAAGUUUACGAAAUUCGCCAAGGGAAUGAUGGCCAGCGGCAGCGGUUCUUCACCUAAAGGAGUUGGAACCGGUGUUACACUUUUGGCUGCCGGAGCUGGCCUGUUGUAUGGGGCCUCUCAGUCCGUCUAUACUGUCGAAGGUGGCCACCGAGCAAUCAUUUUUUCGCGUAUUGGUGGUGUAAAAGAGGAAGUCUACGCUGAGGGUUUGCAUUUCCGUAUCCCGUGGCUGCAAUGGCCAAUUAUCUACGAUAUUCGCUCCAAGCCGAGGAAGAUCUCAUCACCCACGGGAUCGAAAGAUCUCCAGAUGGUGAAUAUCUCAUUACGAGUGCUGUCGCGCCCUGAUGCCGCUCGGCUACCUACGAUGUACCGUAAUCUUGGUACCGAUUACGAUGAACGUGUCCUGCCAUCGAUCUGCAAUGAAGUGCUGAAGUCGGUCGUAGCGAAAUUCAAUGCAUCCCAACUAAUCACUAUGCGACAGCAGGUUUCGAUGCUGAUCCGCAAGGAGUUAACGGAUAGAGCCCGUGAUUUCAACAUUAUUCUGGAUGACGCCGCGAUCACGGAGUUGUCCUUCGGCAAGGAGUACACGGCCGCUGUUGAGGCUAAACAGGUUGCCCAGCAGGAUGCUCAGCGUGCGGCCUUCAUUGUUGAACAGGCCAAACAAGAGAAACAACAGAAAAUCGUGCACGCAGAAGGAGAGGCCCAAGCAGCUAAACUGAUUGGAGAAGCCAUUGCCCAGAAUCCUGGCUACCUCAAGCUUAGGAAGUUCCGCGCCGCGCAACAGAUUGCGCGCACUAUUUCUCAGAGUCAUAACAAGGUCUACCUUGACGCCCAGUCUCUGAUGUUGAAUAUUGCCGACGAAAAGUUUGAUCUGCAGAAGGUUGGACGCAAGUAGACUUCUGGUUCUAACGAAACUGAAGGUCUCCUGUUGGCUCAAUCACAUGAUUGACGUCGUGGUUUAGUUUCAUUUUAAACUGCAAGUGGAUAAAAAUAUAUGUUGACAAAGAAACACUUAUAAAAAGACGGGCACACCGAGAUUUCGCUGCUUAGAGAAUACACGACGCGCUAUGAAUACCAAUGUGUAAAAAAAUUACUGGAAAACGGUGAAAAUUUUUAAAAUCAAUAACGACAACAUACAGAGCAACCAUAAGCGUAGAACAUCGUGUAGAAAAUGGCAGUCCCCAUAAUGCACAGUGCCGUUUCGUAUAGUAAGCUUUAAUUGGUGGCAAUUAUAAAAAAGCCUAAAAAUUGGUGUUGCAUUAAAACGGUAACCGAAAAACUAUAAGCGAUCAAGAUUCCCAUUGGCGGAAUUCUUCAGGUUUACUUAGCACGGUUACUCUUGGGUGCAAUUCAGUUUUCCUAUACUUUGAUACAUGAACAGAAAAAUGUAUAUCGAUUACUCAUAAAUAAGAGGAAGUGAAGUGCUAUGUGCAAGUUUAGUAAGGUGUUAACGGUAGUGUAUUGUAUGGAUGGAAAUACCAUGUAAGCUAUUUAAAAUCUAGAUUAUGGAUUAAAAUGAAAGUGUGGCAGUUAGAUUGAUAAAUAAAUCGAAAACUUUGGAAUUUUA